CCAAUUCAUAAACACAAACACACUCAUUUGCCUCUCUCUCUCUCUCUCUCUCUCUCUCUCUCAAUCAUUCUCUCUCUGGUUCGACAUGGAUUCCCGAAACCUCAAACAACGUAGGGUUGCAGACGACCCUAACGCCGCCACGAGGACAGCAGACACAAUGAACAACUACACGGGCAAACGCGAAAUGAGAAUGAAAAUGGCCAAACGCGGCCUCAGGUCUCUAGCCGUGGCGGUUUCGCUUCCGGUGGCUCUCCACCUCAUUACUGUAUACUUGGGAUCGACGACGGACAGCUACGGCACCGCCUCCAAGCCCUUCUGGUUCCCGCCCAUGUGGGGCUUGCGUCUAACUUGCUUGGCUUCGAGUUUCUUGAUGGGUUUAUCUGCUUGGCUUGUGUGGGCGGAAGGUGGAUUUCACAAGAAUCCUAAGGCUUUGCCUGUUUACUUGUCUCAGCUAGUGUUGAGUUUGGCAUGGGAUCCGAUCGUGUUCGGGGCAGGAGCACCUUGGGUUGGGUUAGCGGUGUGCAUGGGGAUGUUUGGAGCUUUGGUUGGUUGUUCGAAGGUGUUCACGGAUGUGAAUCCGACCGCCGGUGUUCUCAUCAAGCCAUGUCUGGCUUGGGUUGCUUUUUUGGCCGUUGUAAAUCUUAAGCUCGUGUACAUCUGAAAUUAAAUUUCGUGUGUAUAAUGUCGAAGCUAUCACUUUGUAAUGUUACAGUUUUUCAUAUGCAUCUAUAUGUAAUCUACUUUUUCAGAGAGUUUGCGGUGUUUGUGUG